CCUAUGCACAUUGCAGUCAUUGCACAUUUAUCGUUUUUCAUCCGUUAAUUCCAUUAUAAGCGGCAUUUCUUUCAAAGGAUUUCAAGAGUUUAUGAGAAUACGUACUAAAUUGAGUGUGUUAACACAUCCAAAACCACCAACAUGGGUGAUUUUGCUGACCUCCUUCAAGAGGCUGAAAAAAUAACUGUUGAUAUUGAAGGAAGUAAAGAACUGCCAAAAGUUGAUAGAUCCAUUCGACAAGUCUUGGAAGCUUCUAACGAUUUAUAUUCAAAAGUAGCCCAAACUGGGGCAAAGGACAUUCAAGCAAAUUUAUUGUUAGGAUCAAAAGGCGUUGAUUUACCAAAAAUAAUACAAAAAUUGGAAUCAAUUAGUACAAAACGUACAUUUGAAUCUAUUGAACCGGUCGAGGACGUUAAUGCAGUUGGAAUUCUGGAAAAUGAAAUUCAAAACUGUAUUUUGAGUGUUUUUGAAAAUGGUUUUAAUAAAUGUAUGAAAACAAUUUCUGAUUGCUCUUGGGAACAUCAAACUGGAGAAUGGAAGCAGGAAAAACGAAAAAUUUUAAAUUCGAUGGUUGGGCCAUCCGGUGCUUUCAUAGAAAUCGGGAAGUAUUCAACAGUUUUUAUGGAGAGGCCUAUGUCUAUUACGCCCAAUCUAGGAGUGGCAGAGACACUUUAUGCCUGUAAAAUUAUGGAAUACAAUCAAGCAGUUGGUAGAAGCUUUCAGAAGCCAAAUCUUAUUAACAGUUUUAUCAAUGUGGCGAAUGAUCUCAGGGAUGCUAAAGUUAAAGACAUGUGGGAAAUAAUGAAGUACAUGACUCAACUACCCCCAUUUCCUCAGUCAGAAGAUCAGAUUAAAACCCGAAAUUCUGUUCCAUUCAUAAACGCUUUGGUGAAACAAGGGAAGAAAUACCUGGAGGAUCGUUACAAAACAUACAUGAGUAACAUCAUCAACGAAAAUCUAUCAACUGCGAUGCUUGGUGGAGUUCCCGGCACUUAUCCUUUAGUUCGUAGUUACGUUGGUGUCCGUCUUCAAGGCGAAUAUUCGGGUUUGAAAGAUGAUAAAAUCGAUGGAAGGCCUUUGUGGCCUAUGGUGUAUUAUUGUAUAAGGAGCGGGGAUUUGGCAGCAGCAAUUUAUUGUCUAAAGAAGAAAAACGAAAAAGAGUUUCAAGACAUUAUUGCCAUUUUAGAAGCAAAACUUAAUAAUCCUGACAGUCCCGAUAUUUACAAAUUGGAGGAUAAUGUCCGUUAUAAUUAUCGCAGACAUGUUCGAAAUGAGACUGACCCUUUUAAACGUAUUGUCUGUGCUGUGCUUGGAUGUUGUGACGUUGUUGAUGAACAUUCGGAAGUGGCGAGAACCGCCGAUGAUUACUUAUGGUUGAAGUUAAGUUUAGUGAGAGCUGAUUAUGAAAAAGACGACCACAUCAAAUACAACGACUUACAGAGGAUGAUUCUGGAAGAGUACGGUGAAACUCAUUACGAUGCCAUGAAUCAACCACACUUGUAUUUUCAAGUCCUCGUAUUAACAGGUCAAUUUGAAGCCGCUAUUGAAUUUCUGCCCCGAAUAGAAAGGUUCAGAGUUCAUGCUGUCCAUAUGGCAAUAGCUUUGAACGAAUUGUAUCUAUUAGCAGGUUCACGAGAUAGUUCAGCACCACUCAUUUCUAUUGAUCCAAUGGAUGUGAAACCAAGUCGACGUUUGAACUUGGCACGUUUAAUUAUGAUUUAUGUUCGCAAAUUUGAGAUAACAUGCCCUAACGAGGCAUUGCACUAUUUUUAUAUUUUGCGAAAUUUUACUAAUGAGGAUGGCGUGAAUUUAUUCAAGAUUUGUGUAUGUGAUCUGGCUAUUGAAACCAAGGAGUACAACAAGAUUUUGGGGGUCAUUCAACCCAAUGGUAUAAGAACCAAAGGUUUGAUUGAUCAAUUUACUAAUGCUGAAAUAAGUGCUGAAAAUAUUGCUCAAAUGAUUGGCGAUUCUUUGGUAAAGAAGGGUUUGUUUGAAGAAGCAAUAGAUGUCUUUGAUUUAGCUGACAAUCAAGAGGAGGUUUUGAAUUUGUUUUGCACUUUAUUAUCACAAGUGGUUCAUUUGCCUUCCCAACCAAAUUCUUUAAAGGAGAGACUGUUGGAGAAGGGAAAUAUUUUAAGUGAUAGAUAUACAAGAGAAGGUUAUAAAGCGUCGUCCAACAUUGUUACAUCGUAUAUUAAACUGAAACAACUUGCAAUAUUUUUUGAUCAGUACCAUUCUAAACAAUUUUCGUUGGCAUUAAAAACUUUGGGAGACCUUCAUAUAAUUCCUCGUCAACCACAAGAAGUAGAAGACCGUGUGAAGGCGUUCAAAAAGUUGAACGUUGAUGUCUGUAAAGUGAUUCCUGAUGUGCUUUUGGCAACAAUGAAUAUGUUGUUUGCUGAUUAUCAGAAGAUUAAAGGAAAUGAAUAUAUUCCAAGCAGGUUUAACGACAACACCCUUGAGAAACAAUUGUCACAUUUAAGGGAACAGGCAAAAAUCUUGAUUAAUUUCACUGGGAUGUUGCCUUAUAGAAUGCCAGGAGAUACAAAUAGUAAAUUAGUUCAGAUGGAAAUUUUAAUGCAUUAAGGUUUUUUAUAUUAAACAUUUUUUUAAAUAAAGUUACAAAGUUUCUAAUUUA